UGGAGGACUACUGUGCGACCAAUACCUGAUUCAAACCCUCAUUCAAACAACAACACUCAAAAUUUAAAUGAUUUUCUUCUUAAAAUCGUCAAAAGACAUCACCUUCCGAAUGAUUCAUAUUUUGGUUACAAUGUUUCCAUCAGUGACAAACUGCCACUGUACAGAAACUUAAGUGAUCGACGCAAUCAGAAAUGCCAUGACAUAAAGUAUAAUUUGACAGGUCAGGUGACAGUGUCUGUUAUAAUACCAUUCUACAACGAAGCAUUGACGCCAUUGCUACGUCAUAUACACACACUAUUACACCGAACACCCUCCAACCUAUUACAAGAAAUCAUACUGGUUGAUGACAAAAGCACAUUGACGUAUCUGGGAGACGAUUUAGAUCGAUACUUUCAAAUCCUGGACAAGAGAAUAAGGAUAAUACGAAACAAGAAAAAACAAGGAUUGAUAAGAACCCGGAUGAACGGUGCACGGGAAGCAAGAGGAGACGUGCUUGUGUUCCUAGAUGCACACAUGGAAGUAGGCGUAGCGUGGCUGGAGCCCCUCUUGGAACGAAUUGUCAGUCAAUCACGUAUCGUGGUUCAACCCUUGUUCUUGGGCGUUAGGUACAGACACCCCAAAACAAUUACAAAUUCAGUUGCCAAUGAGGAGGAAUUUGACAGUGAAGCAAAUGAUUUUGCCAGGCCUGGCAUGUCGUGGGACCUGGGGCAAAACUGGUUCCCGUUCCCCUCAUAUCUGUACCAAGUUGGAUAUAACCAAACCAGUGCGAUGCCAGCACCGGGGUUACAAGGGUCGUGCAUUGUUGCUCGAAGAUCUUAUUUCAUGAGCAUCCGAGGCUUUGAUGAAGGAUUGAACAUCUGGGGAGGGGAACAGCUGGAACUGGCAUUAAAAGUUUGGAUGACUGGAGGAAGAGUUGAGACCGUGCCAUGCUCUCAUAUUGGUCAUGUGUUUAAAGACAAUCCUCACAUACAAACAGAAGAAGAGAAUGAUAUUUUGAUCAAGAAUUGUCUACGCAUUGCUGAAAUAUGGAUGGAUGAAUAUGCAGAGUUUGUGAUAGCAAGUGCUAGAGCAGAUUCCCAUUCAGCAAGUCUACCUACCUUCACGUCGAAAGAAGUCCAAUCCAUUGAGGAGGGUAGGGUUUUCAGGGAACAUAUUGGGAGUGAAAGCUUCGAAUGGUACCUCAAGCAUGUAUUUCCUGAACUGAAAGUACCAUCAAGGCAUGACAUAUUGUGGGGAGAAGUCAAGAACAAUGAAAUGUGUCUGUUUGUCAAGGAUAACCAGGUUAUUGAUAUUGACAAUGUAUGUGAGUCAUAUGGCAUUUCAUGCAGAACAAUCUUUUCUCUUGAUCAGCGGGGAAGACUCAGGAAUGAUGACCAGUGUUUUGGCUUGGAUGCAGACACGAUGAGUAUUGUGACGGUCACGUGUGAUGAGGCCGAAGCCGGGGAUGGAUGGGAAUAUACAGAGCAUGAUCAACUGAUGUACAAAAGCCCUCACGGAACAUAUUGCAUAGGUUAUGUUAAAUCAGAGAACAUCAUACACUUGGAACCUUGCAAACCUACAAAUGAUCACCAGUCAUGGGACUUUCAGAUACGGUUUGAAUGGGAUUAAGCGUCACGAAAUUCGAACCUAGAGUUGAAUAUAUGGAAGUUUGAUAAGUAGAGGUUAUCAC